AUGAGCCUCCCCUGGGCCGAGCGCGCCCGGGACCCGCCGCCGGAGCCGCCGCCGGGGCCGGGGCCGGAGCCGGGCGGGUGCGGCGGCUUCGCGCCGGGCUCGUGGCUCGGCGUGUGCUGCGCCGCCCGCCUGCCUGCCGCCGCCUCGCCGCGCUACCUCCUGCCCGCGGAGGACGAGGAGGCGGCGGCGGAGGGCGGCGCGGCGCGGUCCAGCGGGGGCAGCCCCGGCGGGGCGCGGGGCGGCGGGCGGCCGCGGGGCGGCGGCGGCGGUGCCGGGCUGCGGGCGCAGGUGAGCGGCGUGCAGAAGCAGCGGCGGCUGGCGGCCAACGCGCGGGAGCGGCGGCGGAUGCACGGGCUGAACCACGCCUUCGACCAGCUGCGCAAUGUCAUCCCCUCCUUCAACAACGACAAGAAGCUCUCCAAGUACGAGACGCUGCAGAUGGCGCAGAUCUACAUAAGCGCCCUGGCCGAGCUCCUGCACGGCCCCGCCGCCCCUCCCGACGGCCCCGGCAAGGCCGAGCACCGCGGGGCCCCCUUCGAGCCGCCUUGCGGCGCCGCCGCCGGGGCAGGAGCGCCGCCGGGGCCGCCGGCGCCGCCGCCGGGGCCGCCCAGAGCGUCGCCGCCCGGGCACGGCAGGACUCGCUUCCCCCCGCCGCCGGCCGCGGGGGGCUACUCGGUGCAGCUCGACCCGCUGCACUUCUCCUCCUUUGCGGAGGGCGCCCUGAUGGGACAGAGAGCCCCUUCCCCCGCCCUCCUCAUGCCGCAGCCCGGGCAGCCGCCGCAGGAGAGGAGCAAAACUUCGCCCCGGUCCCACAGGAGCGACGGGGAGUUCUCGCCCCGCUCCCACUACAGCGACUCGGACGAGGCCAGCUAAGGCGGAGGGGGGUCAUCCCCGGCAACCCCCCGGCCGCCCCGAGUCCGCGGCCGCCCCUAGAAGCACAGACUCCGCCGUGGGGUGAGCAGCCGGCCGCGGUGCUGCCUCGGACGGCAUCAGCUCCCCUUGGUCGCUUUGAAAUUCACCCCCUCGUCUCCCGCUCCCGGUAGCCCCUGGGUCUGUCCAGGAGAGAUGGCUGUUAGCGAGUGACUGUACCCGCCCUGUCUGUCAGGGUCGGUCGGUUGUUUCCAUUUUUAGUUACCACUUUAAAAGUUUCUUUUGCCUAGAAGUCGUUGCCGUUCCCUUCUGCCAACACGCCACCUCGCAGCGCGGAGCCUGGCUUGCCCUGCCGGCGAGCAGGUGAUGCGCAAGGAGGAAGCCUGGCCCCGCUGCCGGGGGUGCCGAGGUGCCGCCGGCGCCAUCCCCACCCGGCCGUGAACCCGCCCUGACACCCCCGUUUUCCAGGACACCGAUCCCGCCCUGGGUCGUAUUGCUGUGGAAACGCAGACACACAAAAAAAGUCAAUAACGCACCGUCUUGACCUGUAAAUAGCGGAGAAAAUUUGGAUUUUCCUUAGAGCACCAUUUCGGCGUCUUUUGGGGGGAAACUUGGCGCAAGCACUUUAUCAGCGGCUGGAGAUGCAGUCUCAAGAGGAAAGCUACUAACCGCCAAUUGGAGACCGAUAUUUAAUUAAGCCACUUAAUCCGAACUCUCUUAAAAACGAAAACAGCUUUGUCGUGUCAAACUUUUAUGUCCGUUUUAUUUUCCUUUUGUGGUAAUAGGAAACGUAUUUAUUAUACAGUGUUUGCUAUUAUUUCUGCUCUUUUUUUUAAUUCUUUUCUACGACGAGACUCGUUUAUUUUAAUUUUAGCAAAGCCAGC